GUCUUGUGACGACAACAACAACAACAACACGUAUUUAAUUUCAAUAAAUCAUUAAAUUAGAUAUAUGAUCGUGGGAUAAUAUGUAAAUUUGAAGCAGAUGUAUGCGAUUGUGUUUACACGUAUAACAAGGUUUUACAAAUUUUAAUACGAAGGAUGCUGACCUUUGAUAAUCUCUGAAAAGGCUAAAGAAAUAGAAUAUUACCACAUCAUGUUAAAGUUAAUAUGAAGAAAACAGAUCAAUGGAUAUUAGCUAACUGAAUACACAAUUGAAACAUUAAAGGUGACUCUUAAGAAUCGAGAUUAUAGAGGGUUUGUGAGCCUAUAAAUUGGUCAAUCAUGUUGCGGAGACAAAAAUAUAAGAAAAACUAUGAUCCCAUGGAUAGCUGCUCCCAGUCAGGUUCCUCAUUUACCAGGAUGAGUUUUCAAGUGAGUGUGUAUGGGCCUGAUAGGGAAUGCAUGAAGAUUGAUGUCAAUCCAUCUGACACAUAUGAAGAAGUAUGCGAAGCAGUUGCAGAAAGGUUAGAAAUCCCACCUGUUAUGUUUCACUGCUGUGGGCUUUGUGUCUUAGAUGUGGAACAGAAACGAUUCCUUUGGUUGCCUCCAACAAAAAAUGACAUUCAUUCACGCAAAGAUGUGUAUUUUCGAAUAAGAUUCCUUCCACAUGAAGAUAACAUUGAUGUUUUGGAAAGAAAAUAUUCACCAUGCUUUCAGUAUUUGUUCUACCAGCUAAAAUGGGAUUUUUUGCAUGAAUGUUUAAGUUACUACACAGACCCCGACAAAGCUAGUGAAGCCAGAGGGGCAGGUACUUUUUUGUUGGCGAUGAGUGUCAGAAUCUCGGCAAAGGAAAACAAUCAAGAAGAAAACUGCAAAAAGUUCUUAGAACAGAAUGAUCCUAAAAUGUUUUUACCUAAAUGUGUUCUGAAAAAUUUUGUUGAUAAAUGGAUGGUAAAGUCUCCCCUCAUAAAAAAGGCAAAUGAGUUGCUAAAAGACAAACACCCUGCGGAUGUGUUUAAGAAGUAUUUUGUUAAAGGUAUUUUGUCAAAAAGUAUCAAUUACUACAGCAUAGAAGAAUACAGAUGCUGGAAUGUUGAAUACAAGGAAAUCAAAGAAAGUGACACAUCUGGAAAAACGCAAACACUGUUUGUUCCCCAGCUUCAAGGCUCAGACAAAGAAGAUGUUCUACUUAAAACAGAGAUAAAAGGAAUUUAUUCACAGAUUUCUUCAGAGAGUUUAAAUAAUCGAGGGACAAUGAAGAAUUCGUGCAAAAUUGAGUCCAUUCAUAAAGUCGAGAAUGAAGUAUUUUACCAGGAUGGCAAAGAAUGGCAUAAAGUCAGAAUUUUAGCCCAGGGCUUUUCACAGGAAGUAUGCUUUAAAGACAAGAUGGAGAUGUAUUCAUUCCUGACAGCUGUUGAAAAGUGCUACUGUCUAUUUGUUGACUUCUAUGGAAGUAGAUGUCAUGAUGUACGCUCACCGACAACUUCUGCGUUACCCCAACUUAGAGUGCAUGGACCUGUUUCACAAGAUUUUUUGGAGAAGAAACUGGAGAAGUAUCCGGAUUGUGGGCAGAUGUUUGCAAUGAGGAUGAGCUUGGACAAGUACGGUUGCUAUGAUGUGUUUUACCUGAAAAAUCAAGGGGCUAAGCCGUAUGUUUGCUCAUCUGGCAAGGUUGUUCAGAAUAUAGAUGGCUACACGAUCAAAGACUCCAAUAUUGCAGCUGUGGCUGAUUUGAAAACAUUACUAAUGCAGUAUGUCAGCUCUCUUAAAUCUAUUCCAAACAAACGCACACGGAUUAAACCAGAACAGUUUGAAGGGUGUGACGAGAUAAAGAAAUACCUGUUGGACAAGGUGCAGCUUCAGAGCAGUAUACUGGCUAUUGAAGAUGAUGAGCAGGCUCGUAGGCGACUAGAGAAUGCCCCCAAAGUGUACAUGAAGAGCCAGGUUGUUCAUUUAGACGAGAUAGGGCUCGGCUAUUUUACUGAGGUGAAUAGAGCUUUUUUGAAUGAAGAUCAGCAGGUGAUCGUAAAGAGGUUGAAACAUCACCCAGCCAUAAAACAGAAUCAUCAGGAAUUGCAAGAAGCACUGACGGAAAGUGUGAGCAAGCUAAUGAAAUGGGACUCAGCCAAGUUUUUUGUGGGUGUUCAUGGUAUUUGCCUUAUGCCAGAGCCCAGCAUCCUGAUGAGUGGAACCAGCUUCUGCAGUCUGAAGCAGUUCCUCUUGUCAGAAAGAACUGACAACACUCAACUGAAGCUAGAGCAUUUGAUGCAGGUCCCUGUAUUCCUUUUGAAGGCACUCCUUUACAUGGAGGAGAAGAAUUGUUACCAUGGUAACAUCAACUGCGAUAACCUUGUUGUGGAGAGAUUUGAUUUGGUACUGAAGCUCGCUGACCCUGGAAUGGUUGCCAUUAGAAACAAGCUGCCAUUAGAUCAUGUCCUAAAUGUGGAAAGAUUACCAUGGCUGGCCCCAGAGCGAAUGCAGAACCUGUCCCAUGUCACAGUGAAAUCUGAGGUCUGGGCCAUUGGUACAACGCUGUGGCAGAUGUUUUCUGGUGCAAGGAACCCCUGUGCCGAAGUUCAGGAGAAGCUGAGCAAGACAGGGUCUACUGCUUUGUCCUAUACUGAGGUGGUCCAGUUUUUUCAAGACACCAAGGGUUUUAGUUGCCCCAAGUAUUUGAAGCCAGAGCCAAGUGAUCCGAAACAGGUUCUGCUAUUGAAGGACAAGUUUUACCAGGCCAUACUUCCUUGCUGGACGAUAGAUAGUGAGGACAGACCUAACACUACCAUGCUGCUGAGGACCUUUAAUGAAAUUGGUCAGAGCUAUGGUCCAAGUUACCACACAUACAGCAGCCUGGACUACUCAGGAUUCAGUGUUGAACAUAGGCCACAGUCUGUGAGCAGUGGAGGCUUGAAGAGCCUGUACAGCAUUACACAGGACAUGCAGAGGGAGACAAAGGAUGUACCAGACAUGUCUGCUCUCACUGGCGAUGUAUCUAAAGGUCACUCGUUGCCGCAGAAUUCCCGAUCUCUAGCAGCAAGCCCUCCGAUCGAAGCAGCAGGGGAUAGGCCGGCCCCUAAUAACCCUGUCCCUGCAGCCCACCCAAAGAACCCAUCAGGGGACAGGGUCUUCAGGAACCAAAGGUCUCAUAACCUUGGAACCGUGCCUGCGGUUCCAAGCCAACAGCACAAAAUUCAGCCCAAACACCUGCUUGUAGAUAAAAAUAAAAAACUGGGUCAAGGCUAUUAUGGAGAAGUAUACAAAGCACAAUUGACCAAAGAAAACAAUAUAAUAAUAGAUGUUGUAGCCAAAUUCUUAAAGUCUGAUAACCCUAAUGACGAUGCUACGGCAGACUUUGAGAAGGAGGCCAAGUUCAUGGCACUGUUGCAGCACGACAACAUCGUCAAGUUUUAUGGCACCUGUUAUACUGAUACGGGAUUAUGUCUUGUGAUGGACUAUCUCCCUAAGAAGUCUUUGAAGGAAUACUUGAGAUCAACAAGACAAGACAUACCAGAUUGCCAGCUCUUUCAGUUUGCAGUUGACAUCGCUUUCGGCAUGGAGUACCUGGAGUCUAAGAAAAUCAUGCACUGUGAUUUGGCUGCCAGAAAUGUGCUGCUCAACUCCGAAUUGCGUGCCAAGGUCUGUGAUUUUGGACUGUCUAGGAAACUGGAGAAGGAUUACUAUAGAGUGCACGGUGACAAGACUAUACCGUUGUACUGGUCAGCGCCAGAAUGGAAUACAAUUAAGAAUGUCUCUCAUAAGUCUGAUGUUUGGAGUUUUGGGGUUGUUCUGUGGGAAAUGUUCAGUAAUGGAAGUGAUCCCAAAAUGAAGUGUGAAAGUGCUAAGGAAUUUGUUCUCAAGAUAGCAAGUGGCGAGAGAUUGAAGAAACCUGAGGACUGCCCAGAUGACAUGUACAGUUUUAUGAUGGAGUGUUGGAAUGCAGAAAAAGAAAAGCGACCUACUUUCACCCAGUGCAAAGAAAAGUUCAUACAGUCACUGAUGUCAGAGAGAUGUGCUCAUGACACUCACCGCAGUUUGCUUACAAGCCUUGCCACUGUAAGAGGUCCGCGCGGUGACAUUCUCACUAAUGGUGUAGGACAUGGGACAGCAGUUGCAAGGCUACCUGGGCAGACUGGAGGGUCUGUUACAGAAGUCAUCACCGACCUGUCCACCAGUGAUAAGACGACAAACACAAACAGAUACAGUCUUGUCCUUAGUGAGACUUCAUUGCAGAUAUUUUUGGACAAAAAUAUUGGCAAGGGUGCAUUUGGAGAUAUCUUGAUGGGAAGAUUUGAAAGCAGAGAUGUAGCUGUAAAGAAAUGCCGAAAUGCCAGUGAAUAUCAGAGAUUCGAGCGAGAGUUUGAAAUACUGUGCAAGCUCAAGCGUAAACAACAUCAUCCAAAUAUUGUAGAAUUCAUUGGCUUGUAUGACUUAAAAGACCCAACUAUAUGCUAUGUUUAUGUGAUGGAAUAUGCAGAAAAUAAAUCCCUGGUAAAGUUCUUGACGAGUCGGCCAGAACCAGUGAUGGUACAUCAGAAGCUCAAACUCCUCAAGGAUGCUGCUCAUGGAAUGCAGUUCCUCUUUGAGAACAACAUCAUACACUGUGAUCUGACAGCUGAAAACAUUCUAGUAAAAGCUGACCUAACUGCACUCAUAUCUGACUUUGGUUGGGCAAAGGAGCUGGAAACUGAUGUUGAAGACUUCACAUACAUGCGCUCGAACCCCAAGACGAAGAUUUUGUGGUCAGCCCCAGAGGUCUUGCAAUCGAAGUAUUCAAAGUUCACAGACAAUUGGAGUUACGGUGUUGUGUGCUGCGAGGUAUUCCUUGAUGGAAAGCAACCUGGGUUUGAUGACUCUGCAGCUGGGAACAAAGAUGAAGCUGAGAUCUACUGGCAGAAAAUCAAUCAAGGGCAGAGAUUUCCAUGCCCUGAAUUGUGUCCAAAGGAAAUCUAUGAUGAUGUCAUGUUGAGGUGCUGGGAAAAAGACUUCAUGAAGAGGAUUCAUUUCCAUGAUAUUGUUACCUACAUUGGAUCAUGGUUGGAAAAUCAUCCGUCCUAGGUAAGAGAUGAUAAAGCUCAAGAGAUUAUCUAACAUUCCAAAAUCCAUUUCUGAUUUUGGAGUACGUGUUUAGUUUCAAAGUGUUUCAUGUUUUGUUGCCACAUAUUAUUUAAUCUUUGUUGCUGGAUUUUAACUUCCAAAGCCAGAAUGUGUCACAAAAUUAUUGUAUAAAAUAACAUGAAAUUAAUCAAAUGGGAACAUUUUUGCCACUAUUAAACAAGCAUAAAUUGUUGAAAAUCAAAUUAUGACAUUACCUUGUUUUGAUUUAAGACAUACAAACUGUAGUUUACAGCUGUAACUUUAAGUUUGUAAUACAUGGCUUAGUAGGAAUUGUCCAUAUCUUUUGACUGGUCUAAGUGGAAUAACUAGAAAUUAAGUUUUAAUUUAGAGUCCCAAAUUGCAUACCACCUUUAGUUUGUUAUGCUCCUGGCUCAAAUGAUCGGGGGUAUAUUGUAUUUGGCCUGUUUGUCAUGUCUGUCCCAAAACUUUAACCUUGGUCAUAACUUUUGCAAUAUUGAAGAUAGCAACUUGAUAUUCGGCAUGCAUGUGUAUCUCAUGGAGCUGCACAUUUUGAGUGGUGAAAGGUCAAGGUCAUCCUUCAAGGGCAAAGGUCAAAUAUAUGGCUUCAAAGUGCAGUAGGGGACAUUGUGUUUCACAAACACAGCUCUUGUUUUAAUUAUUUGAAUAGAGAUUAGUGUACAUGUUAUCUUGUUUGAAGUAACUUCAUGAAAUGAUUUAUUUAAUUAUUUAUCAAUUUAAAAAAGCAGUUCAUAAUUAAGUUGAUUAGGUUACAGAUACCGUGAUAUAUAUAAGGGUACAUAUGUUUGUUUUAUGGCUUACAUAUUCUAGUCAAAAUAUAAGGACCAAUUUCGCCUUAUGACUCAUUCUCUUGUCAUAUCAUUCAUUAAGAAUGAAAGAAACAGUAAUUCCCCUACCUUGGGCAGCGGUUUUGACUUCCCCAAGCACCCAUGAGCUAACUAUAUACCGGUAAUGUUUAAUAAUAGAAACAUUACACAUCAUGGUUCUGGCAGCCGCACAAAUCUGUUUAUUCUGUCUUAUAUUUGUUGAAUACCACACAUUCAUGCUUUAUUUUUACACAUACGGGACUAAAAACUAUGAGAAAUAAUCAAACUUGUUAUACCCCCACAAACGAAGUUUAGGGGGGUAUAUAGGAGUGAACUUGCCUGUCGGUCGGUCUGUCAGUCUGUCUGUAGGUCCGUAUUAAGUGUCCGCUUGCUAAUUCAAGUAGUUUUCAUCCGAUCUUCACCAAACUUGGUCAGAAGUUGUAUCUACAUGAUGUCUAGGCCAAGUUGUUCGAACAUGGGCCUUGCCGGGUCAGAAACUAGGUCACAGGGUCAAUUAGUGUGUUUUAAACAUUCAGCAUGUUUUCCGCUCUCUAAUUCAAGUAGUUUUCAUCCGAUCGUCACCAAACUUGGUCAGAAGUUGUAUCUAGAUGAUCUUAAGGCCAAGUUCAAAACUAGGUCACGGGGUCACUUAGUGCGUUUUUAGCUCAUGUAUUUUUUGAAAAAAAUUAUGAACUAUUGUCAUCACCUUGGCGUUGGCGUCCGGUUAAGUUUUGCUUUUAGGUCCACUUUUCUCAUAAAGUAUCAAUGCUUUUGCAUUCAAACUUGGUACGCUACUUACUAUCAUGAGGGGACUGGGCAGGCAAAGUUAGAUAACUCUGGCUUGCAUUUUGACAGAAUUAUGUGCCCUUUUUAUACUUAGAAAAUUGAAAAUGUUUGUUAAGUUUUGUGUUUAGGUCCACUUUAUUCCUUAAGUAUCAAAGCUAUUGCUUUCAAACUUGCAACACUUACUAACUAUCAUAAGGGGACUGUGCAGGCAAAGUUAUGUAACUCUGACUGGCAUUUUGACAGAAUUAUGUGCCCUUUUUAUACUUAGAAAAUUGAAAAUUUGAUUAAGUUUUGUGUUUAGGUCCACAUUUUACCUUAAGUAUCAAAGCUAUUGCUUUCAUACUUGCAACACUUACUAACUAUCAUAAGGCGACUGUGCAGGCAUAGUUAUGUAACUCUGACUGACAUUUUGAUGGAAUAAUGGGCCCUUUAUACUUGAACAUUUGGUUAAGUUUUGUGUUUUGGUCCACUUAACCCCUAAAGUAUCAUAGAUAUUGCUUUCGUACUUGGAACACUCACAAACUAUCAGAAGGGGACAGUAAAGGACAAGUUGCACAACUCUGGUUGUCAUUUUUACGGAAUUAUGGCCCUUUUUUGACUUAGUAACUUUGAAUACAUGUAUAUGGUUACAUUUUGUGUUUAGAUCCACUUUACUUCUAAAGUAUCAAGGCUAUUGCUUUCAAACUUCAAAUACUUUCAUGCUAUCAUAAGGGUACUGUACCUGGCAAGUUGAAUUUUACCUUGACCUUUGAAUGACCUUGACUCUAAAGGUCAAAUAUUAAAUUUUGCUAAAAUUGCCAUAACUUCUUUAUUUAUGAUUAGAUUCGAUUGAUUCUUUGACUUAACAAUUCUUACCUGACAUACCACAAUAACCACCACCCAAACCAUCCCCCCAAUACCCCCUCAAUCCCCCCCCCCCAUUAUUAUUUUU